AUGUCCACAAAUCCCUUCCGUAAGAGUAGUUCAUUGAAAGGUUCUGGCGGAAGCAACACUCCUACUCCCAGUCUCACAUCGGAUCCUCGCGGCACCAGUCCCGGCGCUCUUUCUCUUGAUACCAGAGUCCACGGUACCUCGCAGAAGCAUGUGAACUUUGCUUCUCCUCCGGCAAUCCCCAUCUCGCCGGUCUCAUAUCCACCUUCGCCCGAGUCUACGCGACAGGAGUUCCUUUCUACAUUCCCUAGCCCGCAUUCUACUUUACCUGCGCCGACAGACUAUAGCCAGGCGCUUGCGAGCGAUCCUUUUGCGGCCGAGGCUUCCGACGAGGAUGAUGGUGCCAUCGAGCAGGCAUUGGAGAAUGCGAGGGCGAACAAUGAGAUGACCGCGUCUGGGUCGAUGGUGACCAAAGUCUCAAAAGAAGAUGCUGUGAGAGAGACCCUAGGGCGAUUUGCAAGCAUUCCGCGGCGGCCGGUUAACAGUCAAUCAGCCGCCGCUGGGAAAGACCUCAGCAGCUUCUCGAAAUCGACCAUGGACGUGGACGCCUUCAAGAGGAUGUUGCUGACGGGAGAUCGGGGCUCUUCUUCGGUCCGCGAUACAGCAGGGCAGAGCAUUCAGUCAGGCCCUAAUCCUGUAAGUGACAGUGGUUCCAGUGCGGACACGGCAUCAAUCUCACAGCACUCGAUAUUCGAGACUGUACAACCUGCGCCCGAUGAAAGUCCCCGGACUUCAGAUGAACUAGAGGCCAACGAGGCGAACAUAUAUCGAGCACAACUUGGGACUAUCUCAGAGAAAGGGGAGAAACCCCCUCCGCCCAAGAGCAGGCGUGGGAAACCUCUCAAGGAUCUGGGGACGGAGCAAGGUCCAACAGCCAAAUUCGACAGCUUUAUCAACUCGCUAGCGUUGCCCGGCAGCCGCAAUGUCAGUUCAGAAGCGCCCAGUCUCAGGUCGCCUCCGAUUGACGAAAGUUCUACUGGCGAUCGACUUGCGAGUGCUGGAUAUCCUGAUACGCAGAAAAAAGUGCCGCCAGCGCCUCCAUUAACUCGCCGGAAGAGCCAGCAAGCACCGAAGAAACCGGUCUUGACAAGAAGCAGCUCCUCUCGGCACUCGGUCUUCAGUGAAACGGAUGGACCUCCAAGCCCUUACUUUUCCAGCUCUGGAACGAAACCUCCUCCGCCACCUCCAGCGCGGCGGACCAACAGUACUGGCGACCGUCGCCCCUCACUCGAUGUGGCCUCCAUCCCAGAGGACGCGGAUGUGAUGGAUUCGGAAGUUAGGCCGGGCUUACAGUCUAGCCCAUCCUACUCGAAACGGAUGAGCCAGGGACUACCGCCGCCCCCGUUACCGCCGCCCCGGCGAGGAAGAGGCUCUAGUCGAAGUAGCAUGGAGACUACGAGGCCAUCGAUGGCCCACCUGGCCAUGGAAGAAGCUGGAGGGAGUGAUUUGGGGUUUCCCAAGGGUGACCCAAGAGAUAUCUUGGCGGACCUUGCCGCCCUGCAACGCGAGGUAGAUGCUGCUAGAGCGGGGGCGGGUCAGUGA